GCUACCAUGUCUGCCCCACUCUGAUAUUUUAAUUUCCAGAUGAAAUCAGAAGCCAAAGCAGCCUGUUUUUUAAGAGAAAGAAAAGGCUAGAGAACCAUCCUUUUCUUCUUCCCCCGGCCCCUCCUUUUCACACACUCUCUCUUUCUCUUCUCCUUUUCUGUUUCACUCGUCAAACCCUAACACAGUUUUCACUCUCUUUCUCUAUCUCAAGCAAGCCAAUCUCAGAAACCAACCUCUGCAAACUGCAAGUAGUAUUAAAUACACCCUUCUUUUACGUGUAUCCUCCAUUCCACCCUUUUGGUGAAAGACAACUUAAGUAAAAGCAAGGGAAGAAGAGAGCACACCCACACACUUUGUACGGGUUUUGCUCCCACAUAACCAAAAACACCUUCUCUCUCUUUCUCUCUGCUAACUCUCUCUUCUCCCAUACCUCUACCUCAUUCUCCCACCCUGUAAUAACCAAUAUCCAAUCAACCAAAUCUCUCUGCCUCCUCCCUUACGUCUUUCCAUUUUCGGCUCUCAUGGAUUCGCCCAACAGUGGCAGUAUGCAAUCCUCCAGCACCGCCGGUGACGAAGACUACGAUUCACGCGCCGACCCUUCCUCCUCCUCAUCAAUCUCGGCCUUCCUCAACAACAACCCCGUUCCUCCGCCGCAACAAACAACGUUAACCGCCCAUGUUCCUCCCUUCCAAAACCACGUCUUCGACCCUUUAUCCAAUUACUUGGAUCCAACACAAAGAUCGCAGUCACACCCCAACGCAAGCCAAAUCCUUAACCUCGACAUGAUGUGGAACACCGUUGCCAGAUCCGAACCCGAUCUCGCUGGCUUGAUGCCUGGCUCUUCUUCACCCUCCCCGCACACCAACAGCAGCAACCAAGGUUUUCUGUUAUCUCAACUGGGAGCAGGUCAAAGUCAACCACGCGGAGGAGGAGCCACUAACGUUGCUGUUUCUGCUUUUCCCACCACUCUCGCUUCGGAAAGUGCUUCUGCACGAGGAGGAUUUGAACAAAACAGUACUAACGCCAACACCAACGUGGUUCGAAACCCGAAGAAGAGGUCGAGAGCUUCUAGGCGUGCACCAACUACUGUGCUCACUACGGACACCACGAAUUUCCGAGCCAUGGUUCAGGAAUUUACUGGCAUCCCAGCUCCUCCUUUCACUUCCUCACCCUUCCCGAGAACCAGGUUGGAUCUCUUUGCUUCUUCUAAUGCAUCUUCCUCCGCUUUACUAAGAUCCGCUUCCUCUCAUUUAGAACAACCUCCUCCACAGCCGCAAACACAAACCGCGUCUUAUCUUCUUCGCCCCUUUGCACACAAAGUCCAAGCUCAACCCUCUUCAAUCCCACACAGCAAUACUUUUUCUCCCAUGUUGAACACCUUGGCUUCUAACAACAAUUCGGGUUCCGGUUCCACCUCCAUUCACUACCAGCACCACUCUCUAAACAUGCAAAACCCAAUUCUCAGCCUCCAAUCCAUUCUCGGGAACAACGACUCUUCUGUUCUUCUCGGUUCUAAAUCACAACAACAACGACAACAACCUUCCUUGGAAAUCACGCCCGGUGCUGUGGACUCGCACCUCAAGAUGGGUGGCUUGGAAGAGCUGGGAUUGAGCCAUGCGCACGUCGGUGGUCAUCAUCACCAUCAUCAUCAAAACAUGAACUUGGUUACUUCUUCAUCAGAUGGAGCAUUGUCGAGGGUCAACAACAACAUAACCAUAGACAACAACAUGCGUGGUCCUUCUUCGGCAGACUGGGCCCAGGCCCAGAGAAUUGGCGGCAGCAAUGAUGGAGGGGCUUUGAGGUCUCUGAGUGGAGGCACUGGCACUGGUACUGGCACUUUAAACUACAGAAGCAGUGUUUCGGAUUUUCAUGGAGAGAAGGGAGCACCGGAAUGUGCUGUGGCUGCAAGAAGCGAAGAGAAUGUACAAUGUGCAGCAUAGAUUGAACUACACAGACAAAACUGUAUGUAUCCUCUCUUUUCCUGUUUUUGUCGCACCUUCUAUUCUGAUUUUACCUCUAAUGUUUGUUUCC